UCUUUAUUCACUCCCUUAUUGAGAUUGAAUCAAAACUAUUGUAGGAUUUGAAAAAUUAUUCGUUAGUGACAACAAUUUCCAUCGUAAAAAUGUGUAUUUUCCGUCAAAAUAGGCAUUAUGAUUUAGAUAAUGUAGAAUUUGAACGAAUAAAUCGCCAAAUAGAAUUGGCGUUCAAUGCUUUAAUUGAAGAAAUUAUUCGUGAUGAUGACGAAUUUGAACUUGAUGAUGAAGAUGAAAUUGUAGAAAAUGGUCAUGAUGAUGGUGAUGAUAAUGAUGAUAUGAAUGAUAAUAAUGAUAAUAAUAUAAUGGAUGAUAAUAAUAUAAUUAAUGAUAAUAAUAUAAUCAAUGAUAAUAAUAUAAUAGAUGAUAAUAAUAUAAUCGAUGAUGAUGAAGUGGCCAAUUAUCAGAUGGAACAACUUUGCAGAUAUUAUCAACGACAACAAGAAUUGGAUCAACUUAAUGCUCGGCUUCAACCGAGAAUUAAUUAGCCAAUUCCUUUCGAUAUUAUCGAUGCUCU